AGAGGGAGAGAGCUUUUUAAAGACAUGUCAACUCUUUAUAGAACCUAGAGAGAUAGAAGAAACAAGAGAGAAGAAGAAAAAUAAAAGACAGAAAGUUUUUCAUUUUCAACGAAUUUCAGGAUUAAAUUGUUUCAUAAUUUGAUUAUUCCAGAUUAAGUUCUUAAAAAUUAAGCAUAAAAAUUGUAGAUGAAUCAGUUCAUAUUGCCUACCCAGAGAGAACUCAAACAGAGAAGAAAAAAGAAUUUACUCAUCAAGGUAUUGAAAAAAGCCCUUAUUAUUCCGCCCUAGUUUUUGAUAAUUUUGGGGAAAUCUUUGAAAAAUGGCGAUAUCAUUCACUAAAUUUUCAUGGUGGUAUUGGGGAGGAAAAGAUCGAGAAACAACUGGAUCAUCCGCAUCAUCUUUGCAAAAUUCAGAAUUUGGAUUGGGUUUGAGAGAAUCAGACAGUGUUAAAUUUACAUCAGUUGGGGCGAAAAUUCCAUCAUCAUCUAGAAGGACUAAGAGAAAAUGGAGUAGUAGACAAGAGAGAAGAGUUGAUAGGGAAUAUGAUGUUGUUUUAGUACCAUCUGAUGGUGGGUGUUUAUCAGGUUCUGAGUCAGAUGAUUCAGAUUGGUCUAUUGGGUGGAUGGAACCACAUGCUCCUGAAUUUCAUAGUGGUGAUGAAGGUGAGAGUAGUUUUGCUGUCUUGGUUCCUUGUUAUGGACGCGGUCGAAACGAAGUUGGAGAGAAUUCUAAGAAUCAGACUGCUUUGGGUGCCAUUGGUGAACUCAAAAAUGGGUAUUCUGCUGAGAACAAUAAGUUGGUGGAGCAGUGGCUCACAUCUCUUCAGAGCAGCUGAUAUGUUGGAUUUGUCGAUUGUUUUCAAUUAUCCUUGUACUUCUUAGUGAAAGCUAAAACCCCAAAAAAGAAGAAAAACCCAGAAAAGGAAAAAAGAAGAAAAUUGAAAAGAAAAAAUCAAACUGAAAAAAACCAAGUAUUUUGAAGGAGGAGAUCGCCAAUUUUCAAUUCGCGCUGCAGGUAGAAGGCGAGGUCCGGGAGGAUCAACAUUUUGCGUAGUAUAAGAUAAAAAUAACUCAGUUUCAAGAUAUAGGUUCUCAUUGCUUCAGAUCUUUUAGAUUUAGAAUAACAGUCAUAAGACAGUAUAACUCAUUGAACUAUUUGAUUGAUUUCUGCCGAUGUUGCUGCUUAUUCUCCUACUUCUCUACCUUCAAGAGAUCCGCCGAGCAAUAGAGAGAACGAAGGAGAAAGAAAGGUAUAUUCCAUGCAAAGUUAUUGCUUGUAAAUAAAAAUUUAGCUUCUCUGUACAUUUUAGGAGCAUGUUCUUGCUGCCUUGAACUUACUAUCACUACUAGUUUACUACUACUUGCUGCAAAUAAAUAACUUCUGUUAUCAACAGACAGAUUGUAGUAUGGAUCGCUGAGUUGGGCAUGUUCACAUUUCUGCCCCAUCUUUUGCUGUAAAUAAACCUGUUUUCUGUGAAUAAAUUCUAUCAAGGAGUUGUUGAUCUAGUUA